CAGGUGACCCGCCUGCCCAAUGGGCUGCGAGUGGCCAGCGAGGCUGUGCCGCAUUCCAGCACCGCCACCGUGGGCGUGUGGAUCGAUGCAGGCAGCCGCUAUGAGACAGACGCCAGCAAUGGCAGCGCGCACUUCUUGGAGCACAUGGCCUUCAAGGGCACCACGGUGGGUUGGCAGCACAGCGCUGUGAAGAUGAGAACAUGGGGGGGCCACCUGAACGCCUCCCCUUCCGGCGAGCAGACAUGCUAUUAUGCCAAGGUGUUUGAGAAGGAUGUGCCCAAGGCGCUGGAGAUCCUGGCGGACAUCCUGCAGAACUCAAAUCUGGAUGAGCGCGCCAUUGAACGGGAGCGGGAUGUCAUCCUGCGCGAGAUGCAGGAGGUGGAGGGCAUCCCCGAGGAGGUGAUCUUUGACCACCUGCACGCCACUGCCUUCCAGCACUCGCCGCUGGGCCGCACCAUCCUGGGGCCCGCCGAGAACGUCAGGACCAUCACCCGCCAGCACCUGGCUGACUACAUCGCGUCCAACUACACUGCCCCCCGCAUGGUAAUCUCUGCGGCGGGCGCCGUGGACCAUGCCGCCCUGGUGGCAGCUGCGGAGAAGAGCUUUGCAAAGCUGCCCUCAGGCGGCAAGUCAGCGGGCGACCUGGUCAAGGAGGCCCCCGCCAUCUUCACUGGCAGCGACGUGCGCAUCCGCGACCCCGACCAGCCCAACUUGCAGUUUGCGGUGGCCUUCAAGGGUGCCUCCUGGACCGACCCAGACUCCAUCCCGCUCAUGGUCAUGCAGACCAUGCUGGGCGCUUGGGACAAGAACAGUGGUGCAGGUACCGAUAUGGGCAGCCAGUUGGCGCAGACUGUGGCUGCGAACAAGCUGGCCAACUCCUACAUGGCCUUCAACACCAACUACCAUGACACUGGCCUGUUUGGUGUGUACGCCGUGGCCGACCCGCACAGCGACCACGAGGACCUUUCCUGGACCAUCAUGAACAACAUCACCCGUAUGUGCUAUUCGGUCGAGGAGGAGGACGUAGCACGUGCCCGCAACCAGCUUAAGGCCUCCAUCCUGUUCAGCCAGGACGGCACCACCGGCAUUGCGGAGGACAUUGGCCGCAAUUUGCUGGUUUACGGACGGCGCAUGCCCAAGGCCGAGCUGUUUGCUCGCAUCGACGCGGUGGACAGCGACACGGUCAAGGCUGUGGCCAACCGCUUCAUUCUGGACCAGGAUGUGGCCAUCGCAGCGCUGGGGGACACACAGUUCCUGCCCGAUUACACCUGGAUGAGGCGCAGGACGUACUGGCUUCGCUAUUAA